CUUCCCCCUCCGGCCCAGGCUCGGUUGAGUCUCCGGGUUUGAGUCGUGUGCGGUUGCAGUGCGAGAGAGGGUCGCGAUGAUCUGACAGAUGAAAUAGCGAAAAUAAAGAGCGAGCAGGCGGCGUCCUCCCUCACUCAGCCAUGUUCCCCAAAGGCAAAGGCACCCCGGUGCCGUCGGACGGCCAGGCGCGAGAAAAGUUGGCUCUAUACGUCUAUGAGUAUUUGUUACACAUAGGAGCACAGAAGUCUGCACAGACCUUUUUAUCAGAGAUUCGAUGGGAGAAAAACAUAACACUUGGAGAACCCCCUGGAUUCCUACAUUCCUGGUGGUGUGUAUUCUGGGACUUGUAUUGUGCCGCACCAGAGAGGAGAGAGACAUGUGACCACUCCAGCGAAGCAAAAGCCUUCCAUGAUUACAGUGCAGCAGCAGCCCCCAGUCCUGUGAUGGGAGGGAUGCCCCCUGGUGAGGGCAUGCCAGGAGGACCCAUGCCACCUGGCUUUUUCCAGGGUCCUCCUGGUCCCCAGGGCUCUCCUCACCCUCAGCCUCCUCCCCCUAACAGUAUGAUGGGACCUCACAGUCAGUCCUUUAUGUCGCCACGCUUUGCUGGCGGCCCAAGAGGUCCACCCAUUCGUAUGGCCAACCAGCCGCCAGGUGGAGGACCAGGUCCUCAUCCCAUGCUGCCUAACAUGGACCCCACACGACCACAAGGCCAUCCUAACUUGGGGCCAAUGCAGAGAAUGAGCGGCCCUCGAGGCAUGGGACCCAUGGGUCCUGGUCCUCAGAACUUUGGUGGUGGGAUGAGGCCUCCACACAACACCAUGGGUCCCGGUAUGCCAGUAGUCAACAUGGGCCCGGGGACUGGUCGGCCAUGGCCCAAUCCCAACAAUGCCAACUCUAUGCCUUAUUCAUCACCCUCUCCUGGUGCAUAUGGGGGGGCAUCUGGAGGAGGAGGACCUCCUGGAACUCCCAUCAUGCCCAGCCCUGCAGACUCCAACAACUCUGGUGACAAUUUGUACACAAUGAUCAACACUGGACCCGGCAACCGAAAUAAUUUCCCCAUGGGCCCUGGCUCUGACGGACCCCUGGGAGCCAUGGCUGGGAUGGAACCACACCACAUGAACGGAUCACUAGGUUCUGGUGAUAUGGAUGGAAUGAACAAGAAUUCUCCAAACAAUUUAAGUGGCAUUAGCAAUCCUCCCGGGACCCCAAGGGAUGACGGAGAGCUGAGUGGAAACUUCCUCCACUCCUUUCAGAGUGAGAACUACUCUCCAACCAUGACGAUGAGCGUGUGACCCCCUCCUCCACCCCAACCCAACAUUAUUUGCCAUCAUUCCGAGGAUCUGAACUCACUAUAGGACACAGCCAAACACAGCAGCACCGAAUCAGGGACGGGCGCCACUUUGGUUCCACCCUAGACGCCUGAAUGCUGAUCGGAGAAAUCAAAAAAAAAUCAACAACGGCUGGCAACUACUGCUCCUUGCUCAAAAAUGAAGGACAAAUUUCUCCCAUUUAUCACAACCCACCAAGUGUGACAAAACCAGCUACUGAAAUGCAUUCAUGACACGUUUUACGUUCUCCGCAGAGUCCCCGCCCCCCCCCGUAUUCCCUCUAAGUCCCCUCAGAGCAAAGAGGAAAGAAAUUGUUGAAGUUUACCUCUUGUACUUUUUAAUCAUUGCUUUGUGGUGCAAGAUGUGCAGGAAAUAUCUCCGCUUUUUGUCACUUAAAAACACUGGAGAGUGUGCAUAUGCAUUGUGUGCUUGGAAAGUCUUUGUCUUGUCAUUUUACUUAUCGCCAUGCAUACUGUGUCACGAACGUCGGUUGACACAGGACUAGAGAAUUUGCCUUUUACUCUGUGGCCACCCGUCUGAAUUAUGUACUACUCUUCCCGAAAUGCCCACUCUUCUAUUUAAAGAGGUUUUUAAAGGGGGGGGAAAGAUGUGAAAGAAAGAAUUAUGGCUUUUAUUGUGACAACCUUUCAUGGUAUGAACGUGCUCAGAUGGUUCUACAAUGUCAAUUUUCAGUCUGUUACUGUUGACGGCGACGCGUCCCUGCACCCUCUGCCGUUAGGUUUUUAAGCGGCCGGGCUGCCGCUUGCGUCCUGUCGAGGGAAACCAGACUUUGGGCAUGAGAAGUGAGUGCAUGAAUGCUGAGAAUCUGUGUACAACAUACUACCUAGUGCUGCUCUUCUCUAUGUGGACACCUGCUUUAAGAUGUGGUGUAUAUCUCUUUACCUGCCUGUGCUUAACGCUCUGUGCUCUUCAUCAUCGUAGCCUUCUGUGUUCUUUCCGAUUUGAUUCUGUUGAAAAUGGCCAUGAACGAGCUGCCCCGUUUCAAUCUUAAUGCGUAUUGGUUGUUCAUACUCCCUCCCGCCGUAUCAUUGGUCGUCCCCCCUCCUCCCCUUUCAACCCACUCAUUUUUUUUUGAUACGAUCUUUGACUCUGUAUAUUGCCCCAUUUAUUCAUUUAGUCAAAGCUUUCUAAACUGAUUCUAGUAGGCAUCAUUAUAAACUUAGCAGCAGUCUUGUAAAUGUGAUGAGAAAUCUUUUUGUUUCUUUUUUUUUUCUCCAGUGAACAUUAUGCAUUAUACACAUCUGUCCUAUGUUGCCUUUAUUUGCUGAUAUUUUUUUAUUUCAAAUUGAGGAAAGAUUGCUUGUUAAUAUAAUUUUACAAUAACUUA